AUGGUGGUUCUUUUAGACCACCCAGUUCUGGGAUUAAAGGGUCAUCUGGUGUUGAAGCUCUUCGACCGACGCUUUGCAGUCCAACUCAGAAAGGAUCACAAAGUUAAUCCCUGGACGUCGGACAUCGAACGUAAGAUGGCUGAGGAUGAAGGAGAUACAUGGAAUGACCCCCAAAAUGAACCGUAUCUCCAUGACCAUAUGCAGGAUCUCUACGAGACCGAAGUUGAGCUGUACCAGACCCUAAAAGACAUCCAAGGGAAAGAUAUCCCUCAGCUAUUUGCCUGUCUGACAGUGUCUAGCUCCUCUUCAUCGCAGGAAUUUUCGGUCAAUAAGUAUAUUGAUGUCCCAGGGGUUCUUUUGCAGUAUAUCGACGGUUUUCUAUUGACCGAUAUGGCAGCGCACGCUCCGCGGGAGGUCUGGCAGUCUGUCUGUGAUGAUGCCAUUCAGAUUGUUAAUCUGAUAGGUGAUAGAGGAAUUCUAAAUGGGGAUGUCAAAACGAGGAACUUUAUUGUGCAGGAGAAUCCGGGAAGGAAAUUCAAGGUGUUUAUGAUUGAUUUUGCCUUAUGCAAUUUCCGCAGGGAGCUUUGUCUACCGUCGAUCUGCUCGAUAUAA